AUUUCAUUAUUGCUUCCAGUUGUCGCACCCUCCAUUUCGAAUAGUAGCUCUGUAAUCGAAUUGUUGUGUGUAUUAUGUGUUUGGUCGCAAGUACCGUUGCGCCGCGUUGCCACAGCUCUUCGUUCAUCGCCGAUAGAUGGAUCAGAGUUCGUUGCGCAUUCCGUAUAGGAGGUCGCGGAGCGGCAACGUCCGCCCCAUGCACGAAGUGGGGAAAUAACUAACAUACAGCAGACAGACAGACAGAAGUGUUAUGCCGUGGAGGGUGCCUCGCAGCAUUUUCAAAUGCGCUGAAAAAUAAACAGGUACUAUUCUCGGAGUCAUAAAUGAACGGCGAUAGGCGGUAUCGUCAACAUCAUCCCUAGAUCAGCGACGAUGGUGCGGAGGAUCAAUCUUCUAGGUUUCAUAGGGAUAGUGGUGUUCUCGCUGCUGCUCAUUAUUUCCUACAACCACAAGGAACCGCUGCCGCAGUACCCGAGGACCGUGCACUACACCGAACUAAUCGAGGAUGACUACUCGUCGUCGUCCAUCGUCAACGACUCCAUCAUUCCGUCCGUCCGAGAGGUCAUCCAGGUCCAAAAGGAUCUGAUCGACAUUCAGACCAAGAACUACAGGUUCCCUGACGGCACCCAUCUGGCCAAUUAUACGCCCUCCACGAACGGGAAACCCGUGAGGAGCAUCAUCGUGACCACCUGGCGCUCAGGAUCGACGUUCCUCGGCGACGUCCUCAACUCCAUUCCCGGGAACUACUACCACUACGAGCCGCUGCUGGACUACGGAAUAGUCCAGGUGCGUGGUCCUCCUCUCGCCGAAUCGGCGAUCACCUCUCUGAAGAACCUCCUCAACUGCGACUACACCGAAAUGCGUCGCUACCUGGAGUACGGCAAGUCGCACGAGUACCUCUUCAUACACAACAGUCGGCUCUGGAGUCAGUGUGAGCAGAAGGAGAUCUGCUGGAAUGCCAACUUCCUCAAUGACUUCUGCAAACUGUUUCCCUUUCAAUCCAUGAAGGUGGUCCGAUUGCGCCUCAAGCUUGCUGAGGAACUCCUCAAGGAUGAACAACUGAAUGCCAAGGUGCUGCUCCUUGUUCGUGAUCCAAGGGGAACCCUGCAAUCCAGGAAACACAGGGACUGGUGCCCCGGUGUCCCAGACUGUGACAAUCCAAACAUUCUUUGUGCAGACAUGGUUGCUGAUUACAGUGCUGCAGUGCA